AUGGAUCCAUUAAGUGACUCAAACCAGCCUGAAACUACUAAUUGCUCUUAUCCCAAUUGCGAAGAGGUAGCUGAAUAUAUUUGCAAAUGCAGCCUUCCAAAUACUCUUCUGUGCAUAAAUCACCAUAAAGAGCAUAUUACAUCUAAAGAUCUAGAGCAUAAAAUUGAAUCUGCUUGAAUUGAGCCUUCACAAGAAACAAAGAAGAAAAUUUUAAUGCUUUUGGAAUCUGAAAAAGAAAAUUACAAAAUAAUAAAAACGAAAGCAUUAGAUUUGUUUUUUCAUAAUGUAGAAAAUGCUUCAAAAAUAGUCAAAGAUAAUAUUGAAAUUUUAAAUAAGGAGAUCUGUGACAUCGAUAAAAUGUGUUUUAAGAUUAUGAAAAACGAGAAAAUUUCAAAACUUGAAAAUGACGAUUUUCUAAAGUCUUUAAUUCUUGAUAGUCAAAACGCUUUAAAGAAUGUAAAACUUUUCCUUUUAAAUAAGGCUAAAAUAACAGAAGAUAGCUUUUUGGGGGAUUUUACAAUAGAGCUUAGCAAUCUAUUAAUUGAUUUUAUAAAGAAAAAAUUAGAAAGACUUAACAUUGAAAAGUAUGAAAAUAUUGACGAAAUACUUUGCGAAUAUAACCAAAUGGAUGAAAAAGAAGCUAAGGAUAAAUUUGGUUUAGUAAAAAUAAAAUUAGAGCAAGUCGAUUCAAAAUUUAUCACUAGUAUAAAGGAUUUAGAAACUCAAAUUAAAAAGAAUGCGAACUAUUGCAAAGAUUUGCAGUCUAGUCUUGAUGGGCUAGCUAAAAGAAUAAAUAAAAAUUUUAGAGAAUUGAAUUCAAUUGCCAUUAUUUCUAAAAUAAAUGAAAAAUUAAAGGAUAUUUCUAAUUAUGAACUAAAAGUAGAAGAUUUGGCUAAGAAUUACUUGUUAGAUUUUAAUGAAACAUUAAGGAGCAUUGACAAGCAGAGACAGCUAAAAAGUGAUUUUGAAAGAGAUAGUAAAAUUUUUUCGAGCCUGGAUAUACAGCAAUCAGAUGAUAAAAGCUUGAGAAACUUAAUGAAAUUUAGUGAAGGAAUAAGAUUUAUAUAUGCGAAAUACACAGAGAAAUGUAAUAAUAUCUCUAGCAAAUUAGAACUAAUCAUUAGUCAAUGCGUAGAUGAUAUAAAAUAUAUAUAUGGCAUACUUGAUGAUAAUGAGCAUCAAGCUCUCUUGUGCAUAUAUGAUACUGAAAAUCAAAGGCUUAACAAAAUUCCAAUUUUUACUAUGGAGCCUCUUAGUUCAUGUAUAUUGAUAAUUCAACUUCCGAACUCUGAACUCUUUUGCUAUGGGAACUCUCACCAUUAUGAUUCUUUUGUUUCUGAAGAUCAAUCAUAUGAAUCUGGGUUUUCUUGCAUUUUAGAUCUAAAAACAUAUUCCCUUAAAAAGGUUUUACCUGAAGGUAGAGAAUGUAUGCGCGCAGGAGGUAUUUUUUAUAAUCAGUUUGUGUUUGUAUUUGGGGCUUUGAAUAAUGGUAUUGCUUUGAAACUUGCAGAGAAGUUUGACUUGGUUGAAAAUAAAUGAAUAGAAUUGCCGCCUCUUCCUGUAGAGAUGUAUCAAACCUCAUGCGUAAUUUAUGAUGGAGAAAUAUGAAUAUGUGGAUUGUCAGCUCGUUUGAUUAAAUAUGAUAUUGAAAAAAGCACUUACUCAACUACUCUGCUGCCUAUGGAAAAAGAAAAUGCCAAAAUAAUCUUUAUUGCAAGCUCUCACAUCUAUAUUAUUGAGCAAAGUGGGAUUUUUCAAUGAACCUCAAAUUGGAGUCAAGUAUUACGUUUCAAUAUUGAUUUAAAGGGAAAUAUUUUCACAAUAGCUUCUGAAUUCUUACUUUUUAUAUCAAAAAAUGAUUUAAAGGGCAAAAUAAAUUACUAUAAGUUUGAGUCAAAAUUUAGGCGUCUAACUGAAUGCAAAGUCAAUAAAUAA